AUGGCUGCUAUGCUGCUGUCACUGGUGGCGCUCGCUGUCGGGGAGCCGCGUGUGGGGGCCGCCGAGGCGGUUGUGCGGCAGCAGCGCCGGGUCGCAGAAGAGGCAGCGCAUAGCACGCGCGACGGCAUCGAGGCCGUGCUCGCCGAGUCAGAGACCGCGCUGCUGCGGCUGAGUGCAGCCAGCGGCCGUGGGGGCGCGCUGGCAGCGGAUGCGGCAGCCGCCCUGGGCUUCCUGCGGCGCCGCGAAGUGCCGCCGCCGCUGCCAGGGCCGGGCCCUCUGGUGCUGGCUGACGGGCGGCGCUGCCUGGCGUGCGGCAAGGCGUGGGGGGACGGGGUGACGCUCAGGCGCUGCAGCGGAUGCAGGGCGGAGGGCGCGUUCUACUGCUCUGUGGAGUGGUGA